AUGCCACGUCGCUUAACAGUCGUUAAGGGUAAAACAUUGAUAUUAUUUUGGGGAGGACUAUACGGAACGGAAGAAUCCGCCUUUGCACACGUCAGACGACUACUGGAUAUUGUGGCUUGCACCACUGCCUUCGGUGGUUCAUCUAACUCUGAACUCUCCCCAAAACGCCUCCACGGCUGCUCCUACUCGCUCGAAGGAAUCAGGAUCUUGCGAUGGCGAGUCAGCGAGACCGGUCAGGAUACGAAGUCGAACGGAGAGGAUAAAUCGACGAAGACAGAUGUCUCGAUCAGUUCAGAUCCGUCGGAGAAAGGUGACGCGGCGGCGGAGACCUAUCCACCGCCGAAGCUUGGACAGUUCUACGACAUCUUCUCGUUCUCUCGUCUCAAUCCAAUACAUCAGGAGAUCCGGUCAUCCGUUUCUCGAAGAUAA